AUGGAACAGACGCAGAAAGCAGAUGUUAUCGUCACAGAAGGUGUGACAAAGGUUUAUGCAGCAGAUGGAAUCCCCGUCAACGCUCUUAACGGAAUCGAUUUAACCAUCCAAUCGGGAGAAUUUACGGCACUGGUGGGUCCCUCUGGUUCAGGCAAAACAACCUUUCUUAACAUCAUCUCUGGGUUGGACAGUCCUACGGAAGGGAAAGUGUGGCUUGCCGGCAAAGUGCUAUCAGAGAUGAGUGGCAACGAACUUUCUGACUUUCGACGAGAUAAUAUCGGGUUCAUCUUUCAGGCUUACAACCUGAUUCCUGUGCUGUCGGUCGAAGAAAAUGUUGAGUACAUCAUGCUCUUAGCGGGCGUCCCGAAAGCAGAACGGCACGAGCGGGUUAUAGCAAUGCUCAAGGCAGUCGGGUUAGAAGGUGUCGCGGACCGACAACCCACCCAACUCUCAGGUGGACAACAACAGCGCGUCGCUAUCGCGCGUGCGAUGGUCUCUGAACCUACGAUCAUCCUCGCCGAUGAACCGACUGCGAACCUCGACUCGAAAACGGGUGCAGAUCUGCUUGAGAUGAUGCGUCGCCUUAACGCGGAAACCGGCAUGACGUUCAUCUUCUCAACGCACGAUCCGAUGGUGAUGGAGGGUGCAAGGCGUCUGAUUACGCUUCGCGACGGACAAAUAGAUAGUGAUGAGAUAAAAUAG